AUGCCCAUUUUCCCUGAAUGUUGUAUAUGUAGAUUAAGCUUAAAAAAUAAUUUGUGUGUUGAAAAAAAUUGUGGUAAUGUUUUUCAUUAUAGUUGUAUAAAAAAAUGGAUAUCUGUCCAAAAAACUUGCCCGUUAUGUAAAUGUGUGUGUUAUAAGAAAAAUUUAUUGUAUAUUCAUUACGAAAUAAAUGAAGAUAAGAAAUUAAAAAUUGAUGAAAGGACGAUUAAUAAAAGUAAAGAUGAACUAUAUGACGAUUUAAUAAAAUUUGAAACAGAGCUGAUAAAGGAACAAAAUGAAAAUGAGAAAUAUAGCUUAGAAAUAUUAACCUUAACAAAUAAGAAUAAAAUAUUAACAGAUACAAUAAGUAAAAAUAAUAUAAAAAUAAAAGAAAACGAAUUUGAAAAAUUAAAAUUAAAAGAAUUAAAAGAUGAGUAUUUAAAGGAAAAAAUAUUACUUACUACAAAAGUUGAAGAAUAUGAUAAAGAAUUAAAAAAAUAUAAAAUAAUCGAAAAAUAUUUAGACAAACUAAAUAAAGAAGAUUUAAAUAAAUUCAAUUUGCUAUUUGGAUUAAAUGUGUUAAGUUUAGAAGAACAACAAAAUGUUAUUCUAAACUAUAUAAAAAAUUGUUUAGAUAUACAAAAAAAUCAUGCAUAUCUUGUUAAAAAUUUAAAAAAAGAUAUUAAUGAAAAAAACAGCCAAAUUCAAACUUUAAAAGAAAAAUUAUAUAAAUAUAAAUUAGAUGGUGCCAUAACAGAUAGUAAUGAUAAUCAGAUAUCAAAUGACGAAAAUGAUUCAAAAAAAAAAAUUAUAAUUAAAAAUAAAAUUAUUAGAAGAAUUAAAACUAUAGAUUCAGAAAAUGAAAAUAAUACACCAAAAAAAAGAUAUGUUCUUUGUUCAAAGUCCCAAAUGCCGAGUAAUAAUAUACAAAAUAAACAUAAUAAUUUUAUUGAUUUCAUAGAUAAACAAAUUAAUAAUUCUUACUCAUCAGAACCCUUAAAUAAUACACCAAGUAUCUCAAAAACACAAACAAUUGAAAUGAACUUGUUUAAAGGAAAAUCUGUUGAAAAUAUUUUUGAUACCAUUUCGAAUAAAAAGGAUAUUAUAGAUAAUAAUGAAAAAAACACAACCAUUAUAAAUAACAAAAUUGAUAAUUGGCAAAACAAAAAAGAUGUACAUGAAAUAUAUUCUAUUCCUACUGACUUGAGUCACAACAAUACUCCAAAUAAUAAUAAUAAUAAUAGUGUAAAAACCAAAACUUCUAUCUCUCCAACAUUAAAACGUAUAAAUAUAUAUAAGAUAAAAAAAAAUAAAAACAGCAAAUUGCUUAUUAAACAAUCAACAAAAAUAACGGAUUUUUUUAAAAAAGUGUGA